AUGUUGCUUUAUAUUGAUGGGUUCAGCGUUUCAGGUCCGUUAGUCAUGAAGCGAAUUCCGCGCUGCCUAAACGCUUCCAGGAUAUCUGGACUGCUGCUGCGAGGCUGUUUUUUAUAUGGCACCAUUUUUGGAGUGAUCACCUAUCGAAUCGAGAGAAAGGGCUCCUUUUUGGUGGCCAGCAAUCGCCGGGGAUACCGGUGGAUCUGUGUGGUUAUUCGGCUGCUGACCACUGCUCUUUACACUUAUAGUUAUGAUGCAUGGGCAGGCCAAUUUGUGGAUUGGUAUUUUCGAGCCUUCUUCAUCAUUCGAUUGGUGGGAUGUCUGAUCUGCAGUGUAAUUAUCCUGGUGCUGCAAUUGUGGUUCGGCGAGGAACUGCUUUUACUGGUUAACAGUUUCUUGAAGCUCUUUCAGCGACUGCGAGCUCUAACGAAUUCCAAUCAAGUUGGAUUCGGUGACAGGCAGGAGUGCAUAUUGAUGGCUUUCAAGGUUAUCUCCAUACUAUUUGUAUUCAUGGCUUUCCGAUUCGUGUUUUUACCCUGGACCCUGAUUACAAUGCUUAGUGAUUUCUACACCUCGGUUGGCACUGGAAUGGUCACGCAUCUAUGCUUUGUGGGCUACCUCAGCAUUGGAGUCCUUUACAGGGACCUGAACAACUAUGUGGACCGCCAACUGAGGGCACAAAUGAUUUCGCUGGAUGUUGAGAGUGUUGGAGAGAAUCCACAGCCAGCUCGUGUUGCCAUCUCGAAUUUGGACAAGUGUUUGUCUCUUUAUGAGGAGAUCCAUCUGGUGUCGCAAAGGUUCCAGCGGAUCUUCGAUCUGCCACUCUUCGUUAGCCUAUUGCAUAGUCUUUUGGCUAUGGCAAUGGUGUCUUACCACGCCAUCCUGCGAAGGCAAUACUUAUUCAACCUCUGGGGCUUGGUCAUCAAACUCCUCACUGAUGUGGUGCUACUGACAAUGGCGGUGAAUUCAGCUGUAAGUGGUUCCCGAUUGGUAAAACGACUGAGCCUGGAGAACUUUUACGUGACUGAAGACAAGGGUCACCAUCAAAAGUUGGAGCUUUUCCUGGGCGGCCUGCAACAUCGGGCGCUGCGAGUGUGUCCUUUGGGCCUCUUCGAGGUCUCCAACGAGCUGACCCUCUUCUUCCUCUCGGCGAUGAUCACCUACUUGACCUUUUUGGUACAGUACGGCCUGCAGUCGCAGCAAAUUUGA